AUGGGCGAUCCAAUGGGCGACCAUGGCGUCUUAAAGAAGAAGGAUAAUUCACUUCGUGUAUGUGUGGAUUAUCGACAGCUGAACAAGGUGACCAUCAAGAACAGGUACCCUUUGCCUAGAAUUGAUGACUUGUUUGAUCAGCUUAGAGAGGCUACUGUGUUCUCAAAGAUUGAUUUGAGAUCUGGAUAUCACCAGUUAAGGGUGAAGGAUGAGGAUAUUCCUAAGACGACAUUUAGAACUAGGUAUGGGCAUUACGAAUUUUUUGUCAUGCCUUUUGGUUUAACUAAUGCACCUGCGGCAUUCAUGGACUUGAUGAACCGUACGUUCAGUCCUUAUUUAGAUCAGUUUGUGGUGGUGUUUGUUGAUGAUAUCUUGAUUUAUUCAAAGUCGUCUGACGAACAUGAGAAGCAUUUGCGGAUUGUACUGCAAACAUUAAAAGAGAAGGAGUUGUACGCCAAGUUCGAGAAAUUUUCGAAGGAUAGAGUUUCGGUGGAUCCUUCGAAGGUUGAAGCGGUGAUGAGUUGGGGUCGCCCUACCACUGUUACUGAAAUCCGUAGCUUCCUUGGAUUGGUAGGGUAUUACAGGCGAUUCAUUGAGGGGUUUUCUAGUAUUGCUUCAGCUUUGACCAAGUUGACAAGGAAGGACACUCAGUUUGUAUGGACGGAUGAGUGUGAGAAGGCUUUCAACGAAUUGAAAACAAGAUUGACUACAGCUCCAGUGUUAACUAUUCCUACUAGUGGUGGUGGUCUAGUUAUCUAUAGUGAUGCAUCUCAUCAGGGUUUGGGGUGUACUGAAAGAGUGAAUCAGGUGAUGGAGGAUAUGCUUAGAGCUUGUGUUAUGGAUCUUAAAGGAAGUUGGGCAGAUCAUCUACCACUGGUAGAGUUUGCCUACAACAAUAGUUAUCACUCCAGCAUAGGCAUGGCUCCAUAUGAGGCUCUUUAUGGUAGGCCAUGUAGGACACCUGUAUGUUGGGCAGAAGUAGGAGAGAAGGGACUCUUGGGUCCUGCACUUGUUCAGGAGACUAUUGAGAAGAUCUCUACUAUUCGGGACAAGAUCCGGAUAGCACAAAGUAGGAAGAAGAGUUAUGCGGAUUUGAAGAGAAGAUCGGUUGAGUUCGAAGUAGGUGGCCAUGUAUUCUUGAAAGUCUCACCUAUGAAAGGUGUGGUGAGAUUCGGCAAGAAGGGGAAGCUAGCACCAAGAUACGUAGGACCUUUUGAGAUUCUGGAAAGGGUCGGUGACUUGGCAUAUCGGCUUGCUCUACCUGUCAACAUGUCGGGUGUGCACAAUGUCUUCUAUGUGUCUAUGCUCAGGAGGUAUAUCCGAGAUGAGUCCCAUGUGAUUGAUCAUGGUACAAUAGAGGUUAGAGGGGAUGUGACCUUCGUGGUUGAACCUGUUCGUAUAUUGGAUAGGUCAACAAAACAGCUUCGUAGAAAGGAGGCUGAUCUUGUGAAGGUGAUGUGGAGUCAUCACGAUGAGGGUGAUGCAUCAUGGGAGUUGGAGUCUGACAUGAUGAAAAGGUAUCCUCAGCUAUUUGCCGACGAGUGUGCCUAA